ACAUUCUCGACGUCGGUCACCGUGCCCGCUACCAAUCUCAUCAUGGCAGAAUUCAACGUCUCCCGAACACAGUCCCUUUUGCCUCUCACGCUCUACACGCUCGGCAUAGCUAUCGGCCCUCUGUUCAUCGCUCCGUUCUCGGAAGUCUUCGGUCGAAAGUGGAUUUAUGUUGCCACCAGCACCUGCCAUCUGGCUUUCAUAGGCGGAGCUUCUGCGGCACGAGAUUUCUCCACGCUCAUAGCAUGUCGCUUUCUUGCCGGGACCCUCGGGUCCGCUGGUGUUGCUAUUGGGGCAGGCUCUAUCGCGGAUAUCUGGCGAUUGGACAAGACUGGCGCAGAUGCGUCGUUGCUCUUCAUUCUAGCCCCAUUUCUAGGACCGACAUUGGGUCCUCUAGCUGGGGCAUAUGUGUUGGAUGAUAGGAACUAUGAUUGGCGAUGGACACAAUACCUGUUGCUCAUCGUAGGCGCCCCUAUCUGGGUUGGUUGCUUGCUUAUGAAGGAGACGUCGAAGUCGCGGAUAUUGCAGCUUGAAUCCAAGUCCGAGCCGGCUGUCGGUAUACGAACACUUGGCGAUAUCAUAAGGGGUGCCCUCAUACGCCCGACGAAAAUGCUACUCACUGAACCUGUCGUCUUUUCAUUGGCUAUAUAUGCAGCGUUUGCAUAUGCCAUGAUAUUCAGCUACUUUGCGAGCGCCUCAUAUGUUCUGCAACUUUACUACGGCUUCAAUCUGCGGGAAGUUGGGUUGUCUUUCAUCAGUGUUAUUAUUGGCUAUCUGCUGAGGAUCGCAAUAUAUGUAGGUUUUGACCACACUUUACACGAUCGAGCACGCAAAGCAAGCCCCAACGGUGUGGCGGACCCAGAACACCGAUUGUACGCUGCGUUUGUCGGAAGCAUUUGUUUGCCGGUGGGACUUUUCUGGUACGCCUGGGAGGCGCACGAUGGUGGCCGCUGGGCAGCCCUUGUCGCAGCCGGAAUCCCUUUUGGGAUGGGUUCAUUCUCAUUAUUUGUAAGUUGUAUUGACCUCAAUGACCGAACUCGCACUAAGUUAGGUGGGUAG